GAAGGGUGUUGUUGAUGACAGGUAGGUCAACAGGUCAAUGGCAAGCAGUGAAAUUGGUGUGAAUGUGUCUGGUGGUCUAGUGUUAGCGCUGUCUACUGUGAACUACACAUCCUCCAUCCUGGUCCUUACUGUCUGUCUAGUGUUAGCGCUGUCUACUGUGAACUACACAUCCUCCAUCCUGGUCCUUACUGUCUGUCUAGUGUUAGCGCUGUCUACUGUGAACUACACAUCCUCCAUCCUGGUCCUUACUGUCUGUCUAGUGGUAGCGCUGUCUACUGUGAACUACACAUCCUCCAUCCUGGUCCUUACUGUCUGUCUAGUGUUAGCGCUGUCUACUGUGAACUACACAUCCUCCAUCCUGGUCCUUACUGUCUGUCUAGUGUUAGCGCUGUCUACUGUGAACUACACAUCCUCCAUCCUGGUCCUUACUGUCUGUCUAGUGUUAGCGCUGUCUACUGUGAACUACACAUCCUCCAUCCUGGUCCUUACUGUCUGUCUAGUGUUAGCGCUGUCUACUGUGAACUACACAUCCUCCAUCCUGGUCCUUACUGUCUGUCUAGUGUUAGCGCUGUCUACUGUGAACUACACAUCCUCCAUCCUGGUCCUUACUGUCUGUCUAGUGGUAGCGCUGUCUACUGUGAACUACACAUCCUCCAUCCUGGUCCUUACUGUCUGUCUAGUGGUAGCGCUGUCUACUGUGAACUACACAUCCUCCAUCCUGGUCCUUACUGUCUGUCUAGUGGUAGCGCUGUCUACUGUGAACUACACAUCCUCCAUCUUGGUCCUUACUGUCUGUUGGCCUCACGGUGUAUCCCUCUUUGUCCUACAUCCUCCAUCUUGGUCCUUACUGUCUGUUGGCCUCACGGUGUAUCCCUCUUUGUCCUACAUUCUCCAUCCUGGUCCUUACUGUCUGUUGGUCUCACGGUGUAUCCCUCUUUGUCCUACAUUCUCCAUCCUGGUCCUUACUGUCUGUUGGUCUCACGGUGUAUCCCUCUUUGUCCUACAUUCUCCAUCUUGGUCCUUACUGUCUGUUGGCCUCACGGUGUAUCCAUCUUUGUCCCUACUGUCCUAAAUGGGUUUGGGGGUUUGUGCUGAAGGAGUCUGCUUCGGGUUGUCUCAAAUGGACCAAGGUCUACACAACUAACCACAAGGUGGCAGUCUGGCUCCAUGAUAAAGUCCAUAACCAUUUGUUCGGUGUUCUGAAUGGUAUGGGACAUGUUACUGCAGACAUAGUAAAGAGCUGAUUGGCUGUUUGGCUUUAGUCUGGUUGUGUUCUGAAGGGUAUGGGGACAUGUUACUGCAGACAUAGUAAAGAGCUGAUUGGCUGUUUGGCUUUAGUCUGUGUUCUGAAGGGGAUGGGACAUGUUACUGCAGACAUAGUAAAGAGCUGAUUGGCUGUUUGGCUUUAGUCUGUGUUCUGAAGGGGAUGGGACAUGUUACUGCAGACAUAGUAAAGAGCUGAUUGGCUGUUUGGCUUUAGUCUGUGUUCUGAAGGGGAUGGGACAUGUUACUGCAGACAUAGUAAAGAGCUGAUUGGCUGUUUGGCUUUAGUCUAGGUGUGUUCUGAAGGGGAUGGGGACAUGUUACUGCAGACAUAGUAAAGAGCUGAUUGGCUGUUUGGCUUUAGUCUGUGUUCUGAAGGGUAUGGGGACAUGUUACUGCAGACAUAGUAAAGAGCUGAUUGGCUGUUUGGCUUUAGUCUGGUUGUGUUCUGAAGGGUAUGGGACAUGUUACUGCAGACAUAGUAAAGAGCUGAUUGGCUGUUUGGCUUUAGUCUGGUUGUGUUCUGAAGGGUAUGGGGACAUGUUACUGCAGACAUAGUAAAGAGCUGAUUGGCUGUUUGGCUUUAGUCUGGUUGUGUUCUGAAGGGUAUGGGACAUGUUACUGCAGACAUAGUAAAGAGCUGAUUGGCUGUUUGGCUUUAGUCUGUUUGUGUUCUGAAGGGGAUGGGACAUGUUACUGCAGACAUAGUAAAGAGCUGAUUGGCUGUUUGGCUUUAGUCUGGUUGUGUUCUGAAGGGGAUGGGACAUGUUACUGCAGACAUAGUAAAGAGCUGAUUGGCUGUUUGGCUUUAGUCUGGUUGGUAGUAGGCUGUAGUUCAAUACUUAGCUCGUGCGUUUGUAGCUCUUUGAAAAGCACUUAU